UAUAUGCUGUACAUGGGGAGUAGUGAUAAACCCAGAGAAACCUAAACAAUGACAAUACCACUAUAAUACUAUUGGCGAUCCACUCCACAUCAUCCGACUUCAUUCGACGCUGAAAAAUGAAAUUUUUCUCAGUUUUUCUCUUUUGUGUUUGCUUCACUUUUGUCGCCGAGGCCCAGACUACAACGAAACCAACGGCGACAACGAGCAAGACGACAACUUUAACAAAAAAACCGACUACAAGUACCACGCAAAAGCCAACAACUUCCACAACGAAAAAGACAACAACAAAGCAGACUACUUCAACAACAAAACAGACCAGCACUUCAACAACAAAAACCGCUUCGACUGCUAAACCAACUUCAACAACCAAGCAAGCUAGCAUAAUCACAUCGUCAAUUAAGCCAACAACUUCAACAAAACCAACAACAACCACUUUAACAACCAAGAAAGCUAGUAAUACAAUAACUUCAUCGUCAAUCAAGUCAACGACUUUAACAACACCAAAAAUAACAGCGUCAACAGCCAAGCAAGCUAGCACAGUAACUACAUCGAAUAAGCCAACAACACCAAUAGUAACAACAGCCACUUCAACAACGAGGCGAACAACUGCGGCAGUCAUAACAACGACUGUGAAGCGGACACCGUCUAGUCAAAGGACAACAUCUAGUCCCACUGUAGUGACAACUCCAACUUCAUUAACUGAGAAUCCCUACUGUAAUAUUUCAACAUGCUCUGUGCCCUGCGAAAACACACUUUGCAAAUUUACGAAUGCUACUUGGGGAGCAGCGUGUCAACCUCCGUAUCCGAAUCAAUCCAUCGUCAGCCUUAGCGAUAUCUCGCUAAUCUUGAACACGUACAACAGUUACAGAAGUAAAGUGGCAAAGGGCCUCGAGACCCGUGGAAACCCAGGACCUCAACCCGCGGCAGCCAAUAUGCGGAAAGUGUUCUGGGACGAUGAGCUAGCCGCGAUGUCAACAGCGCACGCUCUGCAAUGCGUUUACGAACACGACAUUUGCAGAGAUGUCGGUCGCUUUCGAGUGGGUCAAAAUAUUUACAUCGUUGAAUCCUCCGUCGACAAUCUUGGUGCAUCCAACUGGACCGAAGCGAUGGCAUAUUGGUACGAUGAAGUUCAAUCCAUGACGAGUGGCUAUGUUUCAAGUUUUCCAUUAAACCCAACAAAUAGCAUUGGUCAUUACACGCAAUUAGUAUGGGCGGAGACUUAUAGGUUGGGCUGUGGUGUAGCCUACUAUCAAUCCAAUUUCACUGUGGGGUAUCCCUACAACCGAUUAUACGUGUGUAACUAUGGACCGGCAGGUAACUGGAUCGGCUCUUCGGUUUAUUCACAAGGGACAACAGGAUCUGGCUGCCCUUCCGGAACCAUAGGAAACAGCGAUGGGUUGUGCGCUUAAACCACCAACAGAAAAAAAGGUAUAGGUUUAGGUUUCCGAUAUCAGACAGAUUCCAACUGUUACACCCAUUUGAUGCAAUACAUGGGGCUCUCUUCUAAGAAUAAAAAGCAAUUUGAAAUCGAAUAAACCGUCGAAAGCAAAGAUAGUAAAUGGUUUCUUUUAA